AUGGUCCAUAGAGAAUACCACAAACUGGCUUCGUUGUGCAAGGGAGUGAGAUAUACCGUUAGGCAACCAGUUUUCAGGCCGCGAAGGAUGUGCUACAGUGUACCCAAAAUAGAGGAGCUCGCUCCGUUAGGAAGUGUCAUAGAGAAUGCCAAGAGAGCUGCUGCAUACCGUGCAGUAGACGAGAAUCUGGAUGUUUUUUCACACAAGGUGAUAGGCGUUGGAAGCGGGAGUACUGUGGUUUACGUAGCUGAAAGGCUUGGACAGUACUUGAAAGACGCCAGAUUCAAGGAUUAUGUUUCGAAAUUCACAUGCAUCGCCACUGGAUUUCAGUCGCAGCAGUUGAUUAUCGACAAUGGACUGAAUUACGGCGUCAUUGAACAGAACCCGAACAUUGACAUUGCAUUCGACGGUGCGGAUGAAGUCGACCACCAGCUACAGCUUAUCAAGGGCGGAGGAGCAUGCUUAUUCCAAGAAAAGCUGGUAAGCACAAGUGCGGAAAAGUUUAUUGUCGUGGCGGAUUCAUCGAAGAGGUCACCGAAACUAUUGGGUGUCAACUGGAGGCAAGGCGUCCCUAUCGAGGUGGCGCCCCCAGCGUAUGUGAAAGUCAAAAACGAGCUUUUGAGCCAGCUGAAUGCCGCGAGCGUGGUGCUAAGACAAGGCGGUAAGGCCAAAGCUGGUCCGAUAGUCACUGAUAACAACAAUUUUAUCCUCGAUGCCGAUUUCGGACAAAUUGAGAAUCCCAAGGAAUUGCAUGAUAAAAUCAAGGCAAUGGUCGGCGUUGUGGAGACUGGCCUUUUCAUUGACAACGCGGCCAAAGUUUAUUUCGGCAACUCGGAUGGUACCGUCGAAGUUAUGGUAAAAUAA